AUGACAAGCUUACCCCCUUUUGAUAAUCCAAUGACUGACAACAAGAACAAGUUCACUGGAUCUGGUUCCAAAACUCCUACGCUUCAACAGCAACAGCAACAGAACUUCAACAAGAGGACUAACGGCAAACGAGCACAGAAUAACCGUAGCAAAUCAAGAAAAUUCGAUCACAGAAAUGAUAACGAAUUGACUUCAUUGGAAUCACCGUUGACUCAAGGAAGAAAAGUUAAUGGAAAUAGUCGCAAGAAUCAAAUUUCCAUCAACCAUUUGCUAGAUUUCCAAUCAUAUCGUGACACCGAACAAUAUGCAAUGAAUCAUCAACGAGACCGUGCAAGACGAAGGUCCAGUAGUCACAAGAAAAAUCAACCUGUCAAGGUUCAACUUGCGGGCAUGAAGUACAUCAAUGUAAACUUCAAAUUUGUUGUUGAUUCAAGGUUAGAUUACAAAGUUCAGCAAUUGGAUCCCAAUGUACCUAUCGAUGUUACCAACAUUAUGUCAAUUAUAGCCCCAAAAGCUAGUUGUCCAAUCUGUUUAACUGACGACAUAAUCGCUCCUCGUAUGAUUGUUUCAUGUGGUCAUAUCCUUUGUUUGAAAUGCGUUUUGUCAUUAUUAGAGCACGAGGUUCCAAAAGCUAAAAAACGGGAAUCUGCCGCAAUAGUGGAGAAAUAUCGUGAAUGUCCCUUGUGUUUUUCAAUUAUUCGAAAGAAUGAAUUGAAACCAGUGAUUAUUCGAUAUAUUGAUGAGCAAUUCGAAGUUCCUAAGGUGCGUGAUGAAACUGUUUUAACAUUGAUGAUGAGAGACCUGCACAAGAUUUUAUCUAUGCCAAAAGCGAUUGCUGUGUCGAAUCAUGUAACAGAUUUUCCUGACAUUAAUCAGACUGAUUUGACAUCAUACCUGAGAAUAUUCAAGGGUGAUCAUAACUACAUGACAUCAAUGUAUGAGGUGGAGAAGGCGCAAAUUGUUGCCAACCACGAAGAGGAGAAGGAAUUGUAUGGUGAUGAUCUGGCGUUGGUUCAACAAGCCUUGUCUCAUAUAGACCAGGAAGUGGCUGAUUGGACUUCUAGACUAGCUGCUCCAUUGAAGAAGGACCAUAAGCAUGCGCAUCACUAUGACGACGCAUCAUUGCCACUUCCAUUGCAUCAAACAUUUUAUUACUAUGAAACCGGUUUCAAUGCUGGAUGUACAUACGUACUUUCUCCUUUGGAUAUGAAAGUAUUGAAAGCAACUUAUUCCAAUUAUGAGAGCUUGCCCACGAGUAUAGUUGCUAAAAUUGAAAAUAUUCGCUAUGAAGAGUUGUCUCAAGAAACAUCAAUGACCAAAUACAAAUAUCUUAGUCAUUUACCCAUUGGUACACAAAUCGGAUUUCUUGAAUGUGAUUGGAAUAAUAAUGAGUACGUUUCACAGCCCAUUUGGGAUAUGUACAAGAAUGAUUUGGUUAAGCGAUCAAAGAAUUCAAGCAAGAGAUUCUUAAGAGAGGAAAGAAAUAGGAAACGAGCUGAAUCUGAAGAGGAAUUCAGAUUAAGGCAAUUUUAUAUGGAAGAGAAUGGAUUUACCAGUGAGGAUUUAGCGAAUGGAAAAGGAUCAUUUUCAAGUUAUGAUAUCAGUAAUCGAUUUGCAUCAUUAUCAGUUAAUGGAGGUCCCAUGCCGCCAUUAUCAGAUAAUCCAUUAUCAACCGAAAGUGAAAAUGAUAACAAUGUUAACGAUGAAGCUGAGAAUGAAAACGCGGUUGAUGACGAUGAGAACGAUGCAUAUGUCACUACUGUUUGGGGCACAAGGAUUAAAAAGUCUCAAGAUGUUAAUAAUCUCCCAGAAAUUGCUAUUGAAGACGAAUGGGAUGAUUGGGAUGCCGAUGGGUUAAUCCGUAAAGCUCGAGAAGAGAAUAAUGAAAAUGAUGGUGGGAAUGAUGUCUCCGGCAAUGGCGGAAUUGGUCAUGGUAAAAAGAAAAAGAAAAAGAAGUUGAUAUUGAUGUCAUCUUAA